UGGUUCACUCGGCUGGAGGAGCUAUUUGACGCUGUCGCCUCUGGCAGUCGGAAGUUGCCUGAGCAGAGCCCAGCCGGCCGGCCCGACCGGCCUUCGUCGUCCCCAGGCGCCCUCAGAGAGUCGCUGACCGCUGGACGGACCGACCGCCUGAGGACAGUUGGCCGGGGCAGCGAAAACGCCGGCCCUAUGGCGCCCGAGGCGUGAGGCGGAAAGCCGAGAGCGGCUGGCAGUGGUGGCACCCGCCCCAGCAAUGCGGGCCCCGCCCGUCGCCUCAGGUGCCAUUUGGAUAGUACUUUAGCGGCACGAUGUACUCUGAGUGGAGGUCCCUGCAUUUGGUGAUUCAGAAUGAUCAGGGUCACACCAGUGUUCUGCACAGCUAUCCAGAGAGCGUUGGGCGAGAGGUGGCAAAUGCAGUUGUCCAUCCUCUUGGGCAGGCCUUAGUAACUUCUUCAGUGGCUAGUAGUGAGAGUUUGUUAAAAACUGACAAAGAAGUAAAAUGGACCAUGGAAGUAAUUUGCUAUGGACUGACCCUUCCAUUGGAUGGAGAAACUGUAAAAUAUUGUGUUGAUGUAUAUACAGACUGGAUUAUGGCUUUAGUGUUGCCGAAAGAUUCUAUUCCGUUGCCAGUUAUUAAAGAACCAAAUCUAUAUGUUCAAAGUAUACUAAAACACCUGCAAAAUCUUUUUGUACCAAGACAGGAACAGGGCUCCAGUCAGAUCCGACUAUGCUUACAGGUCCUGAGAGCCAUUCAGAAACUGGCCCGCGAAUCAUCCAUCAUGGCCCGAGAAACCUGGGAAGUCUUAUUGUUGUUUCUUCUGCAGAUUAAUGACAUACUUCUAGCCCCUCCAACUGUUCAAGGUGGAAUUGCUGAGAAUCUGGCAGAGAAGUUGAUUGGUGUUCUCUUUGAGGUUUGGUUACUAGCUUGUACUCGGUGCUUCCCAACACCUCCAUAUUGGAAAACAGCUAAGGAGAUGGUGGCUAACUGGAGGCACCACCCGGCCGUGGUGGAGCAGUGGAGCAAGGUCAUUUGUGCACUCACUUCAAGAUUGCUACGCUUUACAUAUGGUCCUUCAUUUCCUCCAUUUAAAGUUCCUGAUGAAGAUGCCAGUCUGAUCCCUCCUGAAAUGGAUAACGAGUGUGUUGCACAGACAUGGUUUCGCUUUUUACAUAUGUUAAGUAAUCCUGUGGAUUUGAGUAACCCAGCCAUUAUAAGCUCUACUCCCAAAUUUCAGGAACAGUUCCUGAAUGUGAGCGGAAUGCCACAAGAAUUGAAUCAGUAUCCCUGCCUUAAACAUCUGCCUCAAAUAUUUUUUCGUGCCAUGCGUGGGAUCAGCUGUCUGGUGGAUGCAUUCCUAGGCAUUUCUAGACCCCGAUCAGAUAGUGCUCCUCCAACACCCGUGAAUAGAUUAAGUAUGCCUCAAAGCACUGCUGUCAGUACCACCCCACCACAUAAUCGAAGGCAUCGGGCUGUUACUGUGAAUAAGGCCACCAUGAAGACAAGCACAGUUAGUACUGCUCAUGCCUCGAAAGUUCAGCACCAGACAUCCUCCACUUCUCCUCUGUCAAGUCCAAAUCAGACUAGUUCAGAACCCCGGCCACUGCCUGCCCCUCGGAGACCAAAGGUUAACAGCAUCUUGAAUCUCUUUGGAUCAUGGUUAUUUGAUGCAGCAUUUGUUCACUGUAAACUUCAUAAUGGGAUUAACAGAGACAGCAGCAUGACUGCAUCUUUUAUCCAAAUUCUUCUUUCUUAUAAAUCUUCCAUUACAACACAAGCUAGCAUGGAGUUUCGACGGAAGGGGUCACAAAUGUCUACAGACACCAUGGUUUCCAAUCCCAUGUUUGAUGCAAGUGAAUUUCCUGAUAACUAUGAAGCAGGAAGAGCUGAGGCUUGUGGGACACUGUGUAGGAUUUUUUGUAGCAAGAAGACUGGAGAAGAGAUUCUGCCAGCUUAUUUAUCCAGAUUUUACAUGCUUUUAAUUCAAGGUUUGCAGAUAAAUGAUUAUGUGUGCCAUCCUGUCUUGGCCAGCGUUAUUCUAAACUCCCCUCCUUUGUUCUGCUGUGACUUGAAAGGGAUUGAUGUUGUGGUUCCUUACUUUAUUUCAGCUCUUGAAACCAUUUUGCCUGACAGAGAACUCUCCAAAUUCAAAAACUAUGUAAAUCCAACAGAAUUAAGAAGAUCUUCCAUUAAUAUCCUGCUUUCUUUGUUGCCCCUCCCUCAUCACUUUGGCACAGUCAAAUCUGAGGUGGUUCUGGAAGGAAAGUUUAGUAAUGAUGACAGCUCUUCUUAUGAUAAACCAAUAACUUUUUUGUCCCUGAAGUUGAGACUUGUGAAUAUACUAAUAGGUGCCUUGCAAACGGAAACAGAUCCCAACAACACUCAAAUGAUAUUAGGAGCAAUGCUAAAUAUUGUUCAAGAUUCAGCACUUUUAGAAGCCAUUGGUUGCCAAAUGGAAAUGGGUGGUGGAGAAAAUAACCUGAAGAGUCAUAGUCGCACUAACAGUGGUAUUAGUUCAGCAAGUGGUGGAAGCACAGAGCCCACAACUCCUGAUAGUGAAAGACCUGCUCAAGCUCUCCUAAGAGAUUAUGGAUCGACAGCUCUUAAUACAGAUUCAGCUGCGGGGCUACUGAUUCGCAGCAUUCAUCUCGUCACCCAAAGACUUAACUCCCAGUGGAGACCAGACAUGAGCAUAUCACUGGCAGCUCUGGAGCUCCUCUCUGGAUUGGCAAAGGUGAAGGUGAUGGUUGAUUCCGGAGACCGGAAACGAGCCAUCAGUUCUGUCUGCAGCUACAUUGUGUACCAGUGUAGUCGGCCAGCUCCUCAUCACUCCCGGGACCUGCACUCCAUGAUAGUGGCAGCUUUUCAAUGUCUCUGUGUCUGGCUGACAGAGCAUCCUGACAUGCUUGAUGAAAAGGACUGUCUUAAGGAAGUACUGGAGAUUGUGGAACUGGGUAUUUCGGGAAGUAAGUCCAAGAGCAGUGAGCAAGAGGUCAAGUACAAAGGAGAUAAGGAGCCAAACCCUGCUUCUAUGAGGGUAAAGGAUGCUGCUGAAGCCACCCUAACAUGUAUUAUGCAGUUGCUUGGUGCAUUUCCUUCACCCAGUGGUCCUGCCUCUCCUUGUAGUUUGGUGAAUGAGACCACUUUGAUUAAAUACUCCAGGCUGCCAACCAUAAACAAGCAUAGCUUCCGGUACUUUGUCCUGGAUAACAGUGUCAUCCUGGCAAUGCUGGAGCAGCCUCUUGGAAAUGAACAGAAUGAUUUUUUUCCCUCCGUCACUGUGCUGGUUCGGGGAAUGUCUGGAAGACUUGCAUGGGCACAACAGCUUUGCCUUUUACCCAGAGGAGCAAAAGCAAAUCAGAAGCUUUUUGUGCCUGAACCUCGUCCAGUUCCUAAAAAUAAUGUUGGAUUUAAAUAUACUGUGAAACAUCGACCAUUUCCUGAAGAAGUAGAUAAGAUUCCUUUUGUGAAAGCAGAUCUGAGCAUUCCAGACUUGCAUGAAAUCGUCACUGAAGAAUUAGAAGAGAGACAUGAAAAAUUAAGGAAUGGAAUGGCCCAGCAGAUUGCUUAUGAAAUACACCUUGAACAACAAAGCGAGGAAGAAUUGAAGAAGAGAAGUUUUCCUGAUCCAGUUACGGAUUGUAAGCCCCCACCUCCUGCCCAGGAAUUCCAAACAGCACGCCUUUUCCUUUCACACUUUGGAUUUUUGUCCUUAGAAGCAUUGAAGGAACCUGCAAAUAGUCGUCUACCUCCUCACCUUAUUGCACUCGACUCCACAAUACCUGGAUUUUUUGAUGACAUUGGAUAUCUGGAUCUCUUGCCCUGUCGUCCUUUCGACACAGUUUUUAUUUUCUAUAUGAAACCAGGUCAGAAAACAAACCAGGAGAUUUUAAAGAAUGUGGAGUCUUCCAGAAAUGUUCAGCCACAUUUCCUAGAAUUUUUGCUCUCCCUUGGCUGGUCAGUAGAUGUGGGCAGACAUCCUGGUUGGACUGGGCAUGUUUCUACCAGUUGGUCUAUAAACAGUUGUGAUGAUGGCGAAAGACCAGAACAAGAUGAAGUGAUUUCCUCUGAAGAUAUUGGGGCUAGUAUUUUCAAUGGCCAGAAGAAGGUGCUGUAUUACGCUGAUGCCCUUACAGAAAUAUCUUUUGUGGUUCCUUCUCCUGUGGAGUCAUUAACUGAUUCAUUGGAAAGUAACAUCUCGGACCAAGACAGUGAUUCAAAUAUGGAUCUUAUGCCAGGAAUUCUGAAACAGCCAUCCUUGACACUUGAGCUUUUCCCUAAUCACACAGACAAUCUUAAUUCCUCACAGAGGCUCAGUCCCAGUUCCAGAAUGAAGAAGCUGCCUCAGGGCCGCCCCGUGCCUCCCCUUGGACCUGAAACAAGAGUGUCUGUAGUCUGGGUGGAACGCUAUGAUGAUAUAGAAAACUUUCCCCUCUCAGACCUGAUGACAGAAAUCAGUACUGGUGUGGAAACUACCGCAAAUAGUAGCACUUCUCUGAGAUCUACCACUCUUGAGAAGGAAGUUCCUGUCAUCUUCAUUCACCCUUUAAACACUGGAUUAUUCCGGAUAAAAAUUCAAGGAGCCACUGGAAAAUUUAACAUGGUCAUCCCUCUUGUGGAUGGGAUGAUCGUCAGCAGGCGAGCACUCGGUUUCCUGGUGAGGCAGACUGUAAUUAAUAUUUGUAGAAGAAAGAGGCUGGAGAGUGACUCCUACAGUCCACCACAUGUCCGCCGGAAACAGAAAAUCACUGACAUUGUCAACAAGUACCGGAACAAGCAGUUGGAGCCAGAGUUUUAUACUUCACUUUUCCAGGAGGUUGGACUCAAGAACUGUAGUUCUUAGACUCUUGAACUGUCUAGGAUUCUUCAACUCCAGUUUGGGGCUAUAAUAUCAAAGUAAAACAAUUUGAUAGGUGAUCACUGUAAAGAUAAAAACAAAUCACUCCCCAAGAGCUUACUGUUUAAUCACCAGAAUAGAAGAAACACAUUUAAACCCUUCUGAUAGAAGACUUCCAGCUUUCUAGUGAAAUGGGCUCCAGACACAAUCAUAUUCCUUCUGGUAAUGAUGAUAUACAUUUUAGCCAUAAACUUUCUUUUAAAAGUGACAAUUUUAGUUAAAUCUGAGCCUUUUGAGGAGAAAGGCUUUUAUGCAUCUCAGUUAAACACUUGCAUUGGUAGUAUCAAAUUUGCAAAUUAGAAGUUGAAGAUAAUUUUAUACCUCACUUUUUAGGAGGUUGUGUUCAAAAUUAAAAUCUGUCUCAGACUCUUCAGGACCUUUGAAGACUCAAGUUGAUAGCAUGGAGGAAAAGGAAAGAAAUCUCAACUUUCUGCUCACUCAUUAGAUCCAUUUGUCAUCUGUCUGUCAUCCAGCUGUCCAGCUGACAGAAAAGGACUUGUUUUUGGCUCAGAUAUGAAGUCUGGCAUUAAAAUCUUUCAUAUUUUCUCUCCACAUUUCAAAAAGUUGUUAUGCUCAUUACUGCACAGACCUGUCUGAAAGCCUCGUUUCUGGGCAGCCCAGGAGCAGAUCUAAUAUGGAGGCAUGGCCCUGUCCUUUAAUAGGGGGACAGAAGGAGUUUGUGGGGUUAGAAGUUGUAAGACAGCAGUGAUGCCUCCACUCUCUCCAGUAUUGUCUAGCUUGGUGACACAAUGACAGGGUAAACGUUUGUAAUUCCUUGGUAAUUUCUUGGUUAAAUAGUAAGAAAUAUAAAUUCACAACAAGGGUUGAAAAUUAUUUGGUUUCAUUCAUUGUCUCUUAUUUCAGGACCAAGCAGGAGACUGCAGUAGUUUAUGAAGGAUUCUAAUUUGGGGUUCAGGAAAUAGCCUCUCACCGCUACUAAUUCAGAUCUCUCCCAGAGAGCUACUGGAUUUCAUCACUGUUGACAAACAUUAGUGACCACCUCCUUGGGUGGCUGCUGUGAAAAAUGGCUAUUGUUGUCAUAUUUUCUGGACUUUGCCAGCUGAAGGCACAACAAAUCCCAGCCCGGGUUUUGGAAAUACUUGUUACCUCGCUGCUACUUUUCUGCCAGGGAUAAAUGUUUUGAGGUGGCCAGACCCAGAACAUCGUUACAAGGAUUCCUGUUACAGCUCUAGAGUAGACACUGCUUAUUUCUCUUAUUCUUAUGCACUUUCCUCUUUAUUAAGAUCAUUUUAUGUUAAGAAAAUAAGUGACAUUUAAAGUCCAAAAAGGAGUGAUCACAGUUGUAUUAGGGGUGAUUUCUCACCUGAAGUCUGUUAUCAAUAGAUUCUGUAGGUUAGGGAUGCAUUGGUCUGUUUGGUUUGAUGUUUUGGUAAUUAGGGGGCAGAGGAUAGUGUGUAGGGCCUAAUUCCCUGUGCAGAUACUUCUGUUUCAGAAGUACGUAUUUUGUCAUGUAUGAGCAAGAAAUGUGGGCAUAGCGGCUCCUGGUUUUAAGUUUGCUAUACUUUUUUCUUCAUGUUUGUUUUAAGCUCAGGUAAAACCUAUGACUCCAUUUUCCAUUCAGGGUAUGAUGUUAUUCAGUAAUUGAUUUUCUUUGUAAUCUGGGCAAUAAAUUGAUGUUUCCAGGUGGCAGCAUGGAGGAGGGGUAUGUAUGAUAAAGUUUAGGAAGUUCUACUCUAAAAAUGUUUUAGUAGCUCAGCAGAUAUAAGGCGAGGUUUAACAGUUUUCAUGGAAGUUCCAGAUUGACCGUUCAAGGGGAAAAUGGGCCCUUGUUCUAGUGGUUGUGAACAAAGAAGACUAUAAAUUAAUGUGCAACUUAUAACAUUCCAGAGGUUAAAAAUAGCUGAUGUAGGUGUACUGCCUCAGUGAGAUUUUUCAGAUAAACCUUUUACCUUUGGCUUAGUUUUACUACUGUCAGCAAAAUGUACUGUGGUGUGCAUGUUGCAGGUAGGCUUCCUGAUCCUGUAGUUUGCUAUAAUUUCUGGCAACUCCUUGUAAUUCGAAUGGCUUUGAUAAGUGAACAUCUGUGUUGAAUGGAAUUUGUGACCUGAAAGAUCUAGUGGUCUCCCAGGGAAGGAGGGAUGGAUUCAGGACUAUGAAGUCCAGUAUGUAAGGCACAAACAGUACGAGGUACGUGACCUCGUCAGGUGCUGGUUCCUUCUGUUCAAAAUAACAUCUGCUUUAAAAGGAGGUGUGAUAAGAGCCUUGCACCUUUCACUAGAAUUACGGGUUUGAGUUCAUGGUCACUAAGGUCACCUACCUGCCUUUGUUAAAGUCACUUUGAGUAGAAUAAUGGCAGAGGAGCAUAUUUAGUCCCUAGUAACGGUUUUUAGAAGUCCACUUUAUAAGCUUGCUAGUGUGCACUCAUAACCUUUGGAGGGAAGCCGGGACCGCUUGGGCCUGUGGCCUAGGCAGUUUAGUUGCUGUAUGUGACAGGUGCACCGGGAGGUGGAUGAGCGUGGCAUUCAUGACAAGAAAAGCAUUACCCAAGGGACAGAGUCAGGUAGUCCCUCAUCCUUCUAGCUUGCGCUUGGUGAUGGAGGCUUUCCUCUCCCUCUCUCUGGAAGCACUGAGGACAGUAACAGGGCUUUUGCCUUUUUAACCCUUUCCUUGUUCAGCCAACUUUCCCUUUUGUUCAGUGCUUCCCCCUAAGUGCCCCCUUCUCCUGCCCAUUGGCUGUUUGACAGGAAUAGUUACGUUGUGGGUUGACACUACUCAGACACACACUCAAACACACACAUACACUCACACACGCACACACACACACGUGCGUGCACACACACACACGCAUCCAUGCUGCUCACCAUUUCCAGGUCCUCUACUUCAGGGCAACCCAUUCUCCUCUGGCCUCAUAAAUACGAAAACCUAUAGCUUUGGCCAGUAAUGUCGCGAGGUCUUCACAAACGGUUACUUCUACGUGCACGGAGGAACUCUGUCAGGUUCUGCAGACUGCUAUUUAAAAAGGCAGAGUCUUCAAGAGUAUUUAUUUUUACUGGCAGGUGAACUUUACCCAAAGUGGGAGUCAGCAUUGCUCAAAGGCUUGGUUUGUAAAAAGUAGAUGGUAAAAGGUGUAAUAGAGAUAAUUUGACACUCCUGCUGGCAGUAGUUCUCCAUUCAGCAUUUAAAAACCCAUUCAGGUUAUAUCUUCCUUAAAAAAUGGUUCAUAUGUUUACAUGAAAUGAUAAGUUGCAUUAGAUGGUCUGUUUUAAGGAUUUCCAUGACAGCCUCUUUUCCUGAGACAGAGAGAUUGGAGGUAGUCCACCCGCUCAAUGUGGAAGCAAACGGGGGUUCUUUUCUUGGUAGCUAAAGAAGCCAUGUACUUACUGUAUAGUGUUUUUCUCAAGAGUAUCAACUCAUGUUCUCCAGAUGCUUUUCUUUUUUUAUAAUGGUGAGGGAAGAGGUAUAAUUUGGGAUUCCACAGUGCCUUGCAUAUAGUAGGCGCCCAAUAAAUAUUUGUUGAAGCAAACCAAGUUUCCCAAGUCCUUGUCUCUUGCAGUGACCAAGAACAUCUUUCUCCUCCGAAGGGCUUGGCAGUUGUGGCUAAAAGAUAAGCAGUAUCAUUAUUUGCUUGAAACCAUAUAUACAAUUUGUAUGAAUUUCAAUAUGUUGCCAAGACAUGACCUUUUUCUUAUUGUAUUUUCUGUAAAUAUUUCUGGCUCUGAACUGUAAAGUAAAGGCGAAAUGUAAAUAUGAAGGCGCCGUGUCCCUCGCCUCCUGUGUUUUCUCUUCGUUGGUUAGGGAAGAAGGCCCAGAGGCUUGUUUGUAUUUAUGCCGAUCCUUUGUCCAGAAGAAACCCAUGGAAUAUUGAAUGUAAUACAUUUAGUCAAUUAAAUUUUAAGGAGAUUCUUAUCUAC